AUGAAGAAAAAUAGUGGCAAACUCGCGGUCAAGAGUGCAAAACUCCUCUCGAGUGAGGAUGACUCUCCUCCCUCCGAGAUCGAGAGCACCGGCAACGCCACGCAGCUGAAGAUCCUGUCCCUGUCCAACGAAAAGUCGUACCGGUUGGCCAACGAUCUCAAAGCCGAGAAGGAGACGUCGCGGGGCCACCACCGCCAGCACCAAAACUUCAACAACUGGCACGACACCUCGACCAACAACGACGUCCAAUUGCCGCAGCAGAGCUCCCGCAACGCCCUCACGGCGGAAUUUAACGGGGCGCAGCAACAACACCCCAAGAAGCACAGGAAAAAAUCGGCGGGCGUGUCGUACUAUUACGCCCCGGCCCUGACCGGCAAGUCGGCCUCGACCAGCAUCAGCAAACACUUCCCCGGCAACGGCAAGCCCAAGGCCUUUUACGUUAUGGAGAAGAGUCGGAAGCCCGUUUAUUACCAUCCCCUGCUACCGUAAGAACUUUGUGUGCGCGUAUACGCAUCCAGCGUCUCGUAUACUUGCUGGCUUCUUCUUUUCCUUUUUUCCACUGCAGCUAUCAUUACUAUUAUUAGUCCCUGUGCCGAGUUUACAUUUUUUUUAAACCGCUCGGUACACGGAUGGCGAAAUUGUCACGGGAAAAUUCGAGGAUCGGUGCUAUAUUUUUUGAACAAAAGUGUACAAUCGUUAAAUUUCUUCCCUCGUUUGCGAAAACCUAAAAUGGUAAUUUUUGUUCGUGUCGAAGCGCCGAGUUGUUUUUGUAUUACUAUUAUAUGUGUACUUGAGAUGGGAUUACAUUGGGAUCAUGCAGGGUAGCAUACGAUUAUA